AUGACUACAUGCACUUUUACCAGUAUGAAACCAACCCAGUCUGCCUUCCCUACCCCAGAACCGCCUUCCAUUUCCUCUUCCUCGUCCUCGUUGCCUCAACUGGGUGGCCGGAGCAGCUUCAGGAGAGUCUGCACCACAGAGGAACCCACUGCCUGUCCAAUCCCCGGACUGGCAGCAGGCGUGCUCACAAUGAGAGUGAAGGAAGGGAGCAAGAUCCGAAACCUCUUGGGAUUUGUAAUGGCUCGUAUGCAGAGAGAGGGAGUGAGUGUGGACGGGAGUCAGAUUCAUACGAUGCUGAGAGUCAAAGAGGGAGUGAGAGUGGACGGGAGUCAGAUUGAGACGAGGCUGAGAGUCAAAGAGGGAGUGAGUGUGGACGGGAGUCAGAUUCAUACGAUGCUGAGAGUCAAAGAGGGAGUGGGAGUGGACGGGAGUCAGAUUGAGACGAGGCUGAGAGUCAAAGAGGGAGUGAGAGUGGACGGGCGUUCAAUUUCUACGAUGCUGAAGUCAAAGAGGGAGUGGAGUGUGGACGGGAGUCAGAUUCAUACGAUGCUGAGAGUCAAAGAGGGAGUGAGUGUGGACGGGAGUCAGAUUCAUACGAUGCUGAGAGUCAAAGAGGGAGUGGGAGUGGACGGGAGUCAGAUUCAUACGAUGCUGAGAGUCAAAGAGGGAGUGGGAGUGGACGGGAGUCAGAUUGAGACGAGGCUGAGAGUCAAAGAGGGAGUGAGAGUGGACGGGAGUCAGAUUGAGACGAGGCUGAGAGUCAAAGAGGGAGUGGGAGUGGACGGGAGUCAGAUGGGGCUGAGGCAAGGAGAGGGAGUCAUGGACAUCGGUCGGAGUCAUACCCGGACCGGGCUGAGAGUGAGACAGGUGGUUUUUACUGGAUCAGGCAAAGGGAUCACCAAAACCAUAACAUGUGUUGAGAUCCUGAAACGGAAACUGGGAGGACUGCACCAGCUAUCCAAGCUCCACUACAAGACUGUGAGUGAGGUGUGGGAGAGUCAGGAGACUGAUGUGACACCCAGGUCCAGGAUGACUGUUCAUAAGACUGUUCCUGCUAUCAGUAUCCUGCUCUCCACACACCCACUGGACCCACGUGAGCCUGGGUUUCAGCCCCCAGAAACCCUGCAUGAUCCUAGCUACCAACCCCCUGGGCACCAGCAUCCUGGGUUUCAGCCUCCAGAAACCCUGCAUGAUCCUAGCUACCAACCCCCUGGGCACCAGCAUCCUGGGUUUCAGCCUCCAGAAACCAUGCAUUAUCCUAGCUACCAACCCCCUGGGCACCAGCAUCCUGGGUUUCAGCCUCCAGAAACCCUGCAUUAUCCUAGCUACCAACCCCCUGGGCACCAGCAUCCUGGGUUUCAGCCUCCAGAAACCAUGCAUUAUCCUAGCUACCAACCCCAAGGGCACCAGCAUCCUGGGUAUCAGCCUCCAGUGACGCCAUGUGACAGUGUGAAAAUUCUGCCCCGACCACGGCUCGAACUCACCACCCUCUUCACCGAAACACAACUGUCGUCAACACCACUAACCCAGAAAAUCCAAAGCCCUUUCUGGUUCCAGGGUGCCUGUACCUCUAAGUCUCAGGAGGGCUGUAGCCAUGUGCUGAGCUGUACGCCACACCUGUAUGCUGCCUCGGAGAAAGAGAGGGAAAAAGCAGGAGGAAAGACACUCUACAGUUCAUACAUGUUGCCUGGCUCUGAAGCCAAGAGAGCCUGCAUGGAGGACCACCGGUUCCCCUCGACUCCCUCAACGUGA